AUGCCACAGUGCCUGAGCAAGUGGAUGACGUAUGUCUGGGUACUGGCUUUUGCAAGUGUGAUGGUGUCUAAUGCUUUGCAUCUGUUAACAGAAACACCAGGAAAGGAAGAUGAGCCAGAAGAUAUUUCUGAUGAACUUGGGGAAUGGUUUACUGACACGGGGUUACAUUUUUUAAGGUUUCUACCAGAUUUUAAAGUGUUAUUUCAUGACAUUUUAAACAGGUGCGUUUUUGUUUCAGAAAUAAUUUUGGCUAUCAUCCUGACUCUACUGGGAUUUGCUAUUCUGGCUAUUUUGUUAACAAGAUGGACGCGACACAAGCAAAAUGAAAUUGAUGUCUCCAGAUACAGUUCUGAACAAAGUGCUGGUCUUCUGGACUAUGAGGAUAGUAGAGAUUUUUCCUCUACAAGAUCUAAAAGAGGAAGAGGAUUCUGGCAUACAUAUUCAACAGAAAGUGAGAUCGAAAGGAUGAGAGAUCUGGUGGGCGUGACCUCUAACACUACCACCAGAUCAAUCAUCUCCCUGGGCCUGGGCUUCAUCUCCUCAGACAAGUUCAAGAAGUUAAUAUGCAAAGUGCAAUUCACAGCACCUAUUCCUGGAGCUACGGGACCUAUCAAGCUCUCUCAAAAAACCAUUGUACAAACUCCAGGACCUAUUGAUGCUCCACCUUCAACGCCCAAAGUUAUUAGUCCAGUAGCAGCCGUGGACAGUUCUGGAAAAAUCACACUAUGUCCUAUGGUUAUAUUUCCAGGUUACAUGGAUGGAGAACUUGCAAAAAAAUCAGAUCCCAAAUACCAGAUUCUAAAAAGUGAAGGCACUACAAAGUUUCGGAGUAGCCAAGAAGAAAACAAGAGAGCACCAUUGGAUACUGACAAUUCUUUGCCAUCAAUGCAAAAAAUAGAAUCAAAAAGCAAAUCAGAAGACACUGACUUGGAGGAAGGUAAGAUAGAAAUGGAGGUCAAGGUAGAGGACAGUGAUGCUGGGAUAAUGAAAAAACAGAAAUCCCAAGUAAAUGUAAGUGUCACGAGCAUGCCAAAAGAAGAGGAAGCCCAAGUAGAGAAGAUAGAGGUUGAAAUACCACAAGGGCAGGAAGCCCAAAAAGAAGAGAGUGAGGCUGAAAUACCACAAGGGCAGGAAGCCCAAGGAAAGAAGAGUGAGGUUAAAUUACCACAAAGACAGGGAUCCCAAGUAAAGAAGAGUAAGACUGGAACACCACAAGGACAGGAGUCCCAGGUAAAGAAGAGUGAGACUGGAACACCACAAGGACAGGGGUCCCAGGUAAAGAAGAGUGAGACUGGAAUACCACAAGGACAGGGGUCCCAAGUAAAGAAGAGUGAGACUGGAAUACCACAAGGACAGGGGUCCCAAGUAAAGAAGAGUGAGACUGGAAUACCACAAGGACAGGGGUCCCAGGAAAAGAAGAGUGAGACUGGAACACCACAAGGACAGGGGUCCCAGAAAAAGAAGAGACAGACUGGAACACCACAAGGACAGGGGUCCCAGGUAAAGAAGAGUGAGACUGGAAUACCACAAGGACAGGGGUCCCAGGUAAAAAAGAGUGAGACUGGAAUACCACAAGGACAGGGGUCCCAGGUAAAGAAGAGUGAGACUGGAAUACCACAAGGACAGGGGUCCCAAGUAAAGAAGAAUUCUAAGGAUCAAGAAAAGCAAGACAAUGAAAAGGGAGAUGUAGGAAAGAAUAAAGAUACAGAAGAAAAUGAUGCUGAAAACAAGGAAGAUGAUGGAGGAGAGAACAAAGUCAAAAGAAAGAAUGAAUCAAAAAUCAAGGGUAAAAGAGCAGAAAGUUUAUUAAGACACAAAAGCAAGUAA